AUGUACAACCCAUCGGCAGGCCGCGCGACGGGCUAUGCAUUGGACCAGAUGGAGCUAGACCCGCCGACGAAUGCCGAGGAGUCGGACGCGGUGGAGGUCGAUGACAUUGACAAGACAGUGUUCCUAGCCGAUUCCACCAUGGACUUUGACGACCGCAUCUCCUCGUACACGAAGUCCAUGACGGAGAGCAACUGCAAGUUCGAGAUCGACGACGUCGAAAGUACAUGGUACAUGGAUGCACCUUUUGACUUCAUCCACGUCCGCUACAUGGCAUGCUCUCUGCGCGACUGGCCGGCAUUCGUAGGAAGAGUUUACGAGUAA